UGGCCAGGAACUCUUGCAGAAAUAAUAAUCGUCUCUUUUGAAGUUUUCUUUACAGUGGGAAUUGCCUUACAAUUAUGGCUAGGAUUGUCAGUGUGUUUAUAGCUCUUUUCGCUUCAAGCCUGCCAGGUGUGCAGAAGGUGACAGGACAAGUCGAAACGCCCUCGGACAUAGUAUUUGGUACCGCUUCUACGCCUUCUCCGACUGGCGCGCCGUGCACGCCGCUGCUGUUUGACCAGCGCCAGUAUCGCCUACAAACCACUGAGAGCUUCAUCGGCGUGCUGACGGUGUUGAUUCCGGCGGCCAACUCGGGUGUGAGCGGCUACAACGUGCGCACGCCCGGCUACGAGUCAAGCCUUAUUCUGAACAACAUCACAGGAAUAUUGCAGAAGGCUCGCAAGAUGCCAUACCAGCGGGCUGGCCUGGGAGCAAAACAUCGGCUCACCGGCCAGCUACAGCGAAACUGGCGUCCAGGGAGCGCCCGGCCGAUCUGA